CCGUGAGUCCAUGAGUGCUAAUUUAUAUAUAAGCUGUGCCGCCAGCCUUUACAACAUAAUAUUAUAUGACACAUUUUUUCCUGGCGUUCGAGCCCGACGCACCGUUGCGUCCGCUCGCCGUCUCGCGCCGUGUCGUACGGCAAAACCGCGUGUGCCGCCAACGCGUUCGUAUGCACAUUUUAAGCCGUUGUGCCAUUUUGCCAAUUUAUACGCGUUCCUUACCAGCGGUUGACCGCAACGUGCGCUAUACUUUUUCGCCGCCCGUGUGCUUUGCGUAUCGUCGCCGCAGUGGUGGUUUUGUGCGUCUCGCUCCGAUCGCGUGUGCGGUCGAGCGACCAAUUUCGAAUUGGUCCUCGUCCCGAUAUUUCGGACAUUGUCGGCCGAUCCGAGUCGCCAGUCGUUUUGCUGCACGUCGUUGCCCCGUUUGGUGGCCGUGCGUGUGUGCGGGUUGUUCGAACCAUGUGUUUGAUGAGCUCUUCCUGUGCGUUGUCGCCAGAGUAUCUCGUACGUUUCCGUCACCGUGCACGACGCGUUCAUAUUACGCAUAUUUGCGUCGCCGUGUGCGGUGUGCGUAUAUAGCCCCCCCGGCUGACCAUCGUCCCAACGUCCCGGACUACAAGGCGAAGAUCGAGCGGUGUCGGUAUGGAGAUAUUUGAAAUUGAAGGAUUUCGCUGCAAGAGUAAACUUUACCAUGGAAAUGACGGUUUUGAUUUUAAUGUUAAAUGUGCUCGACAGAACUCUAAGUCCCUGAAGUGCAUACAGAAUGGUUGUCCUGCAACAGGUCUUAUGGUGGAAAAUCUUCUGUACAUGAAAAAAGCCCAUAACCACCCAGAAGAUCCAAAUUUUAUGGCAUUAAUAUUAUUAAAAUAGAAUAUGUUAUUGUGAUGUGCAAGAGAAAGCACUCCACACAGAAUAAUUUUCGAUGAAGAGAUGUCAAAAACGAAUGGUCUACACAAUGGGAGGCUGCAAUAUACUAGGUUUUUAAAGACCAUGGAACGGGCUAGAAGCGAUGCCCAACCCAAAAUACCUACUACAAUGUUAGAAUAUGCUGGCUGUUUCAACGAUGUUCGUUAUAUCCACCUAUUCCAAACAUAUAACGGUCAAAACAUGUACCGGGGCUAUAUCAAUGGCAGUCCAGAUGGUAGUAAAGCUGUUAUAUUUAUUUCGCCAGCACUGGAAAAUUUGUUAGCUUCUGCUCAAGAGCUUCAUAUUGAUGCAACAUUCAAAAGUAGACCAGCACAACCGGCAAAUGAUCAGUUUUUAAUAAUAAUGGCAAUGUAUAUGGACCAGGUAACUGCUUGAAAUAAUAUAAAUUUAAAAGAAUUUAAGGUAUAAUAUGUUAGUAUGUAUAAUACAUAAUAUGAUAUAUGCAUAUAUAUAUUACAGACAUUUCCAAUAGCAUAUAUAUUGAUGCGUAGAAAGACAGAAGCAGUCUAUUGAUCUAUUUAUUUUUUUUAAAAAAAUAUAUAAUUAAUUUUUGUGCUAAUUAUUUUUUUACAAUAUAUAGCCUCAACAAUAAUAAUAAUGGUUCUUUCAUUUACAAUAAUGAGGAAAUAAAUACAAUUGUAUUAUAUGUAAAUCUUGAACUACCAGUAAAAAUAUGUUUGAAAUGAUAAACUUAUAUAACAAAUUUCAAUUACUAGACCACAUGGAAUAAUGAACAUUAAACAUAAU